GCUCCAACUUUACUCAUAACUCCAGCGCCUUCAGGCAAAGAAAAUACAUACUCUCCUGCAGUUGUACAGAAACCCUUGCAUCCCUGCCUAUAACCAUGGCUAGACUUCUGGCCGUAUUCGUGUUGGCUAUAUUCGCCACACUGUCCUGUGCUGAUGGCUACGCCUUCUAUCGGACCAAUAUCCCCAACGGAUUCAACGUUCAGCACCCAUGCGAUCCGAGCAAAACCUGGCAAGGCGUAGGACAUCAUAGCGACCAGGGCGGCAACGCUCGCAAUCAGUUCGGACUGGACUUCAAGGCAGCCGGUUAUCGCUGGACGGGGGCUCUGUGCAGGAACGACUCCGAUGGUGAUGGCGUCUCGAACGGCCAGGAGCUGGGCGACCCAAACUGUACCUGGCUGCCCGGUCAGUCUGCGUCUCGCACCGUGAAUAUCACGCAUCCAGGAUUCAAAACACCUAUCGAUGCUCACCCGUACGUCUCCGGCGACACCACAACCCUGGACUGCUCUGCUUUCUUCAAGAAGUGCAAAGCUUUCAGCGCGCCAGGUGUAAAGUAUAUCGACUUACGAGCGCCCAACAACUCCAAAAACAGUCAGGUCCCAGCCAAGGAGACAACCUACUUCAACAUGAACUUCGAGCUACCUGCAGAUCGCCAGUAUCACGCUGUGGGAUUCGCGCCGAUCCUCGACAAUCUCAACGUAAUCCAUCACUUUGUUAUGGUGGGCUGCGACCGCCCGAUCCCGGUGGGCGAGGGCUACGAGGACUUCAAUUUCAUGGAGGGCUGCGAGCGCACGAUGUACGCCUGGUCGUUUGGUAUGCAGGAUGAGUGUCUGCCAGUGGAGGCAGGUGUACCGUUCGGUGGAAAGCACCCGCGGUACGUGCAGGUUCAGCUGCACUGGACGAACAAAAACAAACACGCUGGCUAUCAGGACACGUCCGGUGUGCGCGUCUACUACACGAGCAAGCUGCGCCAGUACGACAUGGGCACAUUGACUCUGGGUCAACUGCAGCUCACCAUCCCGCCAAAGAAGGACGCCGUCGACGCACCAUUCACCUGCACCACCGACUGCACGCAAACGUUCUUCGAUCAGGGCCCGGUGAAGAUGACUGCUUCCUUCCCGCACAUGCAUUUCCUUGGCAAGUCGUUGUUUGUGGACGUCAUAAAGCCGACUGGGCAGCGAACUCGCAUCAUGGACGAUAAGGUGUACAACUAUAACUCGCCGGUCACCUACGAAUAUCCGUCUCCCCAGUACAUGGACAUCGAGGCUGGCGACCGAUUCGAGGGCAAAUGCGUGUUCAGCAGCCAGGAUCGCAACGAGACAACCCGCUGGGGAUUCGGCUCCUUCGAAGAGAUGUGCUUCGUGUUCAUUCGCUACUACCCGUCCCGCGGUGAGCUGUCAUGCAGCCAGUACGACUCGCACGACUUCUGCUAUCAGACAUCGACCGUUGAGGGCCCCCGGUGCAGCGUGUUCGGUUACUUCGAGAAUAUCACGAUCACCGUCAACAAGGCUCUGAAAGAAUGCAGUGACGUCAUCGACAUUGUGGAGCAGGAGAAAACGGGCCUGGCCAGCAGUCCAGCUCCGACGACGGCACCGAAUACGAAUCGUCCGGUAUGUACAUCAAGCUGUCUGAAACAAGUCGAUCGCGUCCUCAAGGCGCACCGCAGCCCUUGCCAGCAGACCCGGCACAAGAAGGAGUGGAAGCUGCUCAACAGCCUGAUCGAGACCAAGAUGACGUCAUUAGAUGCGGUGGUGACUCACUGCAACACGGUAGGCGUGGUGGACGAGGAGCAGCAGAACGGGAACAGCGGUGGCGGAAUGAUCGCAGUCAGCAGUAUGGUCAUGCUUGUCGUAAUGGUAUGUGCUUCUAUUCUUCUGUGAUUCUCCCCAGGAGAUCCAUGAACGUGCAUCGUAUUCUGCUCUUUAUUAUCUAUUACAAUCACGUUACUACCAACACAAUCUGCAAACUCUUGAUUCUCUCUCUCUCUCUCUAGACCAUGCAAUAGUGCAAGUGGAAAGUACAGAUGAAGAGCACUAAUAUCACAUUGCGUCUUGUCAUGGUGUACAUUACGUACCUGUCGCGGAGUUUCAUGCGCAUAAUUUACUUGUAUAGGAAGAGACUGAAAUCGCUGCUGGCACCUUUGCCUCCUACUAUAAUACUGGGCACAUGUUUGUCCACUUGACGAAUUCUCAAUUCUCUUUUGCAAAGUAUGCGAUGAACAGGCACGAUACCUAGCAUUGGGUACCUCUAUUCCGCAGCCUAGAACCAGCUAGUAGAAUCCUACUGUUCAUUAUGCGGCAGCGCUGGCUUCUUAGCUCUUAGUAUUCCGAGUUGCUAUUUUGCCAGAGCUUAUAAAAUCCCUGUCUCUACUUAGCAAUAUGCUUUACUGCCCCAUUACUUUUUCAAUAUGCAAACCAGUACAUACAUAUGCUUGCAUGAUUUGUCCGGUAUUUAAUGCUCCAACACUUGGUUUCACCAAAGAGGAAUUCUAUAAUUCGG